GAGUUUUGGGAAACAACGACAACAACAACCAGGCAGCGGUGAAGCGGUUGAAUUUCACCUGACAUUCAACAAUAUCAUCAUCAUCAUCAUCAUUCCUUUCUUUCUCUCUUUCUUUCUUUCUUCCAAAUUUUCAAUUGAAUUUCUCAAAUUCGUGUUGUUCACGUCACGCAAAGAAUUGAUUGAUCAUCAUCGAAGAGAAGUUGUUGUUUAACAAUGGCGGAAGGGAGUAAUACUCCUGUUCUUCUUCCUGAUUUGUUGAAAAACACGCCUUCCAAUAUAGCUAGAUUGGAAGAUGUUAUUGAACAAUCUAAAGCUAGACAAAAGUAUCUCGCUCAUACUAACAGUUCUUCUGAUGGCGGUGAUGUUCGUUGGUAUUUUUGUAAAACCUCUUUAGCCCCUAAUGAGUUGGCGGCGUCAGUCCCGAGCACUGAGAUAGUCGGGAAGAGUGACUAUUUUCGUUUUGGCAUGAGAGAUUCUCUGGCAAUUGAGGCAUCUUUCUUGCAGAGAGAGGAAGAAUUGCUUUCUAGUUGGUGGAGAGAAUAUGCAGAGUGUAGUGUUGGACCAAGAGAACGACAAACUACCAAGUUAGAUAGACAUCAAUUUUGUGAAAUUGAGGAAGAGAGAGUUGGAGUUCCUGUCAAGGGAGGACUGUACGAGGUAGAUUUGAUCAAGAGACAUUGUUUCCCUGUUUAUUGGAAUGGAGAAAAUCGACGUGUUCUAAGAGGCCAUUGGUUUGCUCGUAAAGGGGGCCUCGACUGGCUACCACUUCGCGAAGAUGUUGCAGAACAACUAGAGAUUGCGUAUCGUAGUCAGGUUUGGCACCGGAGAACAUUUCAACUGUCAGGACUUUUUGCUGCUCGAGUUGAUUUGCAAGGCUCCACCCAAGGCCUGCAUGCCCUUUUCACAGGAGAAGAUGAUACCUGGGAAGCCUGGCUAAAUGUUGAUGCUUCUGGUUUUGCUAAUUUUGUGAGUCUUACUGGACAUGGAAUCAAACUAAGACGUGGUUACUCCCCAUCAAAUUCGCCAAAACCAACCCAGGAUGAAUUAAGGCAAAAGAAGGAGGAGGAGAUGGAUGAUUACUGUUCGCAGGUUCCUGUUCGACAUUUGGUGUUUAUGGUUCAUGGGAUUGGGCAAAGGUUGGAAAAAUCUAAUUUGGUUGACGAUGUGGGCAAUUUUCGCCAUAUUACAGCAAGUCUUGCGGAGCAGCAUCUUACUUCACACCAACUUGGCACUCAAAGGGUCCUCUAUAUCCCAUGCCAGUGGAGGAAAGGUUUGAAGCUGAGUGGUGAAACGGCUGUUGAGAAAAUAACCUUGGAUGGAGUUCGAGGAUUGCGUGUCACGCUAAGUGCAACUGUUCAUGAUGUUUUGUAUUACAUGAGCCCAAUUUACUGUCAAGACAUAAUUGACUCGGUAUCCAACCAACUGAACCGACUAUAUCUGAAAUUUAUUAAGAGGAAUCCUGGAUAUGAUGGAAAGAUUUCUUUAUAUGGUCAUUCUCUGGGAAGUGUUCUCUCAUAUGAUAUCCUCUGCCAUCAAGACAAUUUGUCAUCCCCAUUUCCAAUGGACUGGAUGUACAGGGAACAUAGUGAAGACGAAGAACCCGUCCCUGAUGAGAAAAAUAAUUAUUUUCAGCACUCAUCGGUCAAUCAGGAUGACACAUUGAGUGGGAGGAUCUCGUCUAAUGAAAAGAAGAGUACACAACAGACUUCUUCAGAAAUGGAGGCAGAAUUUUCCGAGGAGUCCUCCAUUUUAUGCCCUGCUUCAUCAAGUGGGCACAACUUCAUUGCAGAACCCAACUCCGUGAGCCCAGGUAACGAGCGAGAUGUCUCUGACUGCAUUUCUGAUUCUAGUGACACGUUUUUUGCGAAAACGGAUGCAUCGGAUAAACUAGAGAGUGUGAAUCUUGGGCUACCGGUGCCUAAUGCAUCGGAUAAACUUGAGAGUGUGAAUCUUGGGCUACCGGUGCCUAAGGAAAAAUGUAAUGGGACAAACAACAAAGAUGAAGAAAUAAAAAAGCUCCGGGAAGAGAUUGAUUCGUUGAGCGGGAAGCUAGCUGAUCUGGAAUCAUGUGAUGGUGAUCAUACGAAAGAAGAAUUGGAUUCUGUUAAAGAUGUUCACAUGAAUGUGGAAGUACCAGAGUCAUCUCAAAAGUUGCCUCCUAUGCAAGAUGUAAUAAAGCCUUACACUCCGUAUAUCAAUUAUACAAAGCUUCUAUUCAAGGUUGAUACAUUCUUUGCUGUUGGAUCCCCUCUAGGUGUAUUUCUUGCACUCCGCAAUAUCCGAAUUGGCAUUGGAAGAGGCCAAGAAUAUUGGGAACAGGAAAAUAUUAUCGAAGAAAUGCCAGCUUGUCGGCAGAUGUUUAACAUUUUUCACCCAUAUGAUCCAGUAGCAUACAGGGUAGAGCCACUUGUCUGCAAAGAAUACAUUGGCAAACGCCCUGUCUUGAUUCCUUAUCACAGAGGAGGAAAGAGGCUGCAUAUAGGAUUUCAGGAAUUCACUGAAAAUCUAGCAGUUCGCACUCACGCAGUGAAGAGAUACAUGAAAUCUGCAAGGGAUAGGGUACUAGCAGUUUGUCAAUCAAAACUUUCAGAGAACAUAGAAGGUGAGAGCUCUGAAGAGGAGGAAGAGACAUCAUAUGGAUCUUUAAUGAUGGAGAGGUUGACUGGAAGCAAAACUGGACGAGUUGAUCACAUGCUUCAGGAUAAGACAUUUGAGCAUCCAUAUCUGCAAGCCCUCGGAUCACACACGAACUAUUGGCGAGACUAUGAUACUGCUCUUUUUAUAUUAAAACAUUUGUAUCGAGAUAUACCAGAAGAACACAAUUCGUCAACUGUGUAUAGCGCUGGAAGCUCGCAUCAUGAGACUACUUCUGUUGGUUGGUAUGAUCCAAGAGACACUGUUGAGGAAGACGCUCCUUUGACUUUCACCGACAAGGUCAAGGCCAGAAAUUUCUCAACCAAAGCUAGAAGGUUUCUUGCAAAGAACACUGCAUCCGAUUUCUAAACACAUUAUUUUAGAUACAUGUUGGGAUGAUAUUUCCAUGCAUACGUAGUUGAUGUUAUCUCCUUCUACACGAUGUAAUUAAGAUUAUGUAAUGUAAUAUACGAAAGAAUGUAACAUUAGAAGGAUUCUCUAUAUUAGAGUAGUUUCAUACGACUGACUCGAGUUAAUGUUAGAUUAGUCCAACUUCCACUGUACAUAACAAAAUUGAAAUCAUCUAUGUAAAUUAUGGUGGGUUGUAUCAAUUUAUAUAGCACUACAAUCUUACUGCUUGUAGAGUA